AUGCCGGACGCCGCUGCCCACCUGCCCUUCUACUACGGCAGCAUCGCGCGCUCGGAGGCCGAGGAGCACCUGAAGCUGGCGGGGAUGGCGGACGGGCUGUUCCUGCUGCGCCAGUGCCUGCGCAGCCUGGGCGGCUACGUGCUGUCCAUGGUGUGUGACCUGCAGUUCUACCACUACCCCAUCGAGCGCCAGCUCAACGGCACCUACGCCAUCCUGGGGGGCAAGGCGCACUGCGGGCCCGAGGAGCUCUGCGAGUUCUACUCCAAGGACGCCGACGGGCUCUGCUGCCCCCUGCGCAAACCCUGCAACCGGCCCAGCGGCGUGGAGCCCCAGCCCGGCGUCUUCGACAGCAUGAGGGACAACAUGGUGCGGGAAUACGUGCGGCAGACCUGGAAACUGGAGGGGGAUGCCCUGGAACAGGCCAUCAUCAGCCAGGCCCCCCAGGUGGAGAAGCUCGUGGCCACCACAGCCCACGAGAGGAUGCCCUGGUACCACGGCAAUAUCAGCCGGGAGGAGGCAGAGAGGAGGCUCUACUCGGGGGCACAGCCUGAUGGGAAAUUCCUGCUGAGAGAAAAGAAGGAGAACCGUGCCUAUGCCCUGUCCCUCAUCUAUGGCAAGACUGUGUAUCACUACCGGGUGGAUCACGAUAAAUCUGGGAAAUAUUCCAUUCCUGAGGGCACCAAGUUUGACACACUCUGGCAGUUGGUGGAGUACUUAAAACUCAAACCAGACGGGCUGAUUUUCUACCUGAGGGAAGCCUGCCCCAACCCCAACAUGCCAGCCUCUGCAGCACCAGUUCCACCCACCCACCCCUCCGUGAGCAGAAACCUGGGCCCCCUCAAUGCAGAUGGAUACACCCCAGACCCUGUUGGGGCAGGAAAAUCCCGGCUGCUGCCCAUGGACACCAGCGUGUACGAGAGCCCCUACAGCGACCCCGAGGAGCUGAAGGACAAGAAGCUGUUCCUGAAGAGGGACCACCUGAUGAUUGAUGAGGUGGAGCUGGGGGCAGGAAACUUCGGCUGUGUCAAGAAGGGAGUUUACAAAAUGAGGAAGAAGCAGAUUGAUGUGGCCAUCAAGGUGCUGAAGAGCAACAACGAGAAGACAGUGAAGGAUGAGAUGAUGAAGGAGGCGCAGAUCAUGCACCAGCUGGACAACCCCUACAUUGUGCGCAUGAUCGGGGUGUGCGAGGCUGAGUCGCUGAUGCUUGUGAUGGAGAUGGCUUCUGGAGGGCCCCUCAACAGGUUCUUGGCUUCCAAGAAGGACGAGAUUACAACGAGCAACAUCGUGGAGCUGAUGCACCAGGUGUCCAUGGGGAUGAAGUACCUGGAGGAAAAGAACUUUGUCCACAGGGACCUGGCAGCCAGGAAUGUCCUGCUGGUCAACCAGCACUACGCCAAGAUCAGUGACUUUGGGCUCUCCAAGGCUCUGGGAGCUGAUGACAGCUACUACAAGAAAAUGAAGGGCCCCGAGGUGAUCAGCUUCAUAGAGCAGGGCAAGCGCAUGGACUGUCCCCAGGAGUGCCCAGCAGAGAUGUAUGCCCUGAUGCAGCAGUGCUGGACAUACAAAUGGGAAGAACGUCCAGGAUUUGUGGCUGUGGAAAACAUCAUCCGCUCCUACUACUACAGCAUCGCUGCCAAGCCCGAAAAUGGGCCAGACACAGGGGACAAGGCCAAAGCAGCUCUUCCUUGAGAUUCCUUCUCUGCUCCUCCACCUGCCCUGUAUGGACCUGGAAAGGCUCUUUGUGAAGUUUUGCUUUCAUCUCUCAAAUGCUCCUCAGCAGUUGUGGAACUGAGGGUGUGGGGGACGUUGGUGUCCCCACAGCCAGGGACACCCAGCUGUGCUCCCAGCUGCUCCAGCCUGACCCAGCC